CGAAGAUCAAAAUGCAUUCCAUUUCAAACAAAACAUUUCUUUUUGAAAAUAUUUUUAAAGAUAUCAGUUCUUUUAGGUAUAGAUGUGUUUUCAUGGCUGUCAGAAAAUGURYGAUUCGCUCAAGACCUCACAGUGUUUUGUGUGAAAGUGUUGGUUAUCAACAUAAUAGGGACGAAAGAUCAGGUCUGUCAGGCUCGAGACAGGGAUUACAUCAAGGAACUGCAGCACCAAUGAGCACUUUUCAUUUUGAUACACAUAACAUUGUUACGAGGCUAGAGGGAAAUGGUUAUACCAAACAGCAAGCUGAAGUAAUGACAUCAUGCUUGUUAGAUAUAAUGAAUGAUUGCAUUAAAAACAUUGCUGACACAAAUGCAUCCAAAAUUGAUCAGGAGAGGUUAGAAAUGAAACUGAAGACAUUGAUAAAUGAAGUCAAACAAGAAAUGUUUCUACUAGAASAAAGUAAAUUUGCAAAAAUAAAAGAGGAAAAUGAGAGACUUAAAGAGAAAGUUAAAGGUGUACAAAAACAGCUUGAUGAAGAAGUUUCUAAAUUGAAAAGCUCAACAAAACUUGAUCUGAGUUUAGAAAAGAGCUUGGCAAGAGAGGAGUUUGCACUUCGUGAUCAAAGAAUCAAAGAUAAUGGCAACAAGAUAGAAACAGAGGUUGCCAAACUAGGAACACUAAUGGAAAAGCAAAAGUUAGAUCUUAUAAGAUAUCUUGUAGGAAGUUUGAUAUCAACCACUACAGUUGUGUUGGCAGUCUGGCGAUUCCUCAAGAUGUAAUGCUAAAUACAUGCAAUAAUUUGAUAAUUUAAUGCUUAUAUUCAAAUACUCAUAGUAAUAYCAAAACAAGAGGGUCUUYAUAGGUUUAYGUAAUGUGUGGUUUUAGUAAGUGCUUUUYACCUGGAAAUGUAAUGAAAGAUGUAACAUUCCAACAAAAUAACCAUUGGAAUUAGGGACCUCUCGUACUAAUAUGUAAAUAGUCUAUUGAAAUCUUUUUGAUAAUGUUACAUCAGUUACAUGUAACACCAAUUUCAAUAUGCUAAACAAUGGAAAAAUAAAUGGAGUGAGAAGUAUUGUAUUCCGCAGGUGUUGUUUAGCAUAUGAAAUGGUAAAUAAUCAUUAAUAGUUACUAAUAGUGAUAARUUGGUAAUGAUUAACUUAUAGGGAUGGAAUAAAUAUACAAAAGAAAUAAAAAUAUUAUCCUGUC